AUGGCCUCGACUUACGCUGUACCUCCCGCUUCGUUCCACGAUGGGCAAGCGAAUGAUCCCGGCAAUCCCUCUCCGCCAAAUAGCAAUCAACAACAACGACUGAAUGCCACCUCAUUCGACCGGAACCAUCUCUCGCCCUCGUCGCAGUUCCAGAGCAGCUCGCUUUCGCCCAACUUUGGCGAAACCCCAGCCGAGUCCGUCUCGAACUUCAGCCAGUACCAAUCGAGCGAUUACAGCGACAUUGACGACGGGCUCGACCCUUUCUUCGGCGUCAGCUUCAACGCAACGGAAGCUGGCACACCCUCCUUUCUGGACCCCUCAACCCUUACCGACAGCUUCGGCCAAACUGCCAUCUCCCAGGCUUUCAGCAGUUCGCAAACACGGAGCAAAGCCCUUGAAGCCAAAACCUAUCCCUUAACCCCCGACCAAGCUUCGCUUCACACAACCUCACCUGGUUGCGAUGGAAGUGCGACUGCUAGGUCCGUGCCAGGUCAGAUGCCCACUUCCAUCUCGCCUCAGGAGCUCCAAAAGCCUUUCCAGCCGCACCCAAUUUCUACCUUUGCCACACAACCUGUGCCGCAGCUGACGCCAAACACGAGCGGGAGCGGCCGUUCCAGCGAGGACAGUGCCGUGCCAUCUCCCGCAAUAAUGACUGCUCAGAGCCCGCGUGUGACUGUGUCCAUGUGGGGUAGAGAAACCCCGGAACCGCUUCAGUCGAUCGAGCGCACUUUUACGCCUGACGACGAGAACUCGCCUACUGCACCUGGUGGCAUCAGCCCUGCGGGCGAUUUGGUUUCUAGUCAAGAACCAGCUGCAACCGGCUCACCCCAGAGACGUUCGUCGAUCACCCGCCACGGUCUGGACCCGGAUAACAGGCCUUCCACCGAGAUAGCCAGUGUCAACGAAAUGGAAACUCGCCGCAAGAUCGAGAAGAAGAACCAGGAGGUUGAUCAAUGGCUAUCUCACAGCCUGAAUGAUACCCCGGUCGAAGCGCCGCCUUCGCAAGCGACUAACCUGCAUACUAGUCUUGAACUCACAGCUGGUGAUGAUGACAUCCCUUUCGGCGACAGAACCGAGAAUCGUCAUCAACCCGGUCAGACUUAUUUCACUGCCCGCGGUGGUGAGAUGACGGCAACAGACUUGCACAUCAUGCACUCCAACCGCGUCUGGGGCGAUUCACCCCUUGUACACCCAAUCAGUAGACCGGGCGCAGAAACAUAUCAGCCAGAGUCUUCGCAAGCUGCGAUUGCUCGAUUUAGACAGAUGUGCGACAACCAAUCCAUCGUUUCCAAUGCGCCCACUUGGGGCACGCGCAGACGCAGUCUACCCAGCGUCAUGGACAUGGACAUGGAGAACGUUACCAGUGGGAGUUUGUUAAAGAAGCUGUCCAUCAGCAGAGGUGAGAGCGGCCGUCGGCCAAGCAUUCUCAAGGACUUGCGUGGUCUGGUCAGCAGGUCGAGCAGUCAGCGACUUAAGCGGUCCAACAGCACCCACGGCGACGAUAACAUCGAGUCGGAGCCUUCACCCCCUGAGAAACGCGAGAGCUUGCCUCGCCUACUACCUAGUGCUCGGACGGGAAGUUGGAGCAAAACAAAGACACAGACGCCUAGUAUCAACACCGCCCUGGUGUCGAUGGGUAGUAGAGUGGCCUCAAUCGGAACCACCCACGCCCGCAACGGGUCGAUCGGCGGUGCAACAGUUACAUCACCCAAGAGCCCGUUGAGCCCAUUUGCUGGCCUUCAGGUCAAGAACACCCUUCGAAGGCCCAGAAGCAAGUCGGACCUGCCAAAGACCAGCGCGGCUGAAACACACUCGAACCUCGUCGGCAUGUGGAGGAAAAGCGGUGGCCCACCCGUUGCCGUCCUUGCGAAGGGGAGCUCUACCAACGUUGACGCAGACGACGACGACGAAGAUGAGGAUGAGCCUUGUGAGGAUGGAGACAUGAACGCCGACUCCAGCAAGCUAAUUGAAGGUGUCUCGCCGAACUUUGCGGGCUUCCAGCAGCACGUGCUCCGCCUCAACCCGGACCUAGCAACCACCAACAACUACCUGGUUGACCGCAUCGCCCACCAACAAGUUGUGCGAUACAAGAGCCUCCUCAACGCCAAGGUGAAACACCUCGGACUUGGUUCAGGCUGCUCUUGCGGGGCCUUUUGUCUGGCUAGAGGCGGAUGGCCUGUCCUGCUCGACCAGAGGGGAGACUCGCGAGACCUCGACCCACUGUCCACAGGCCACGAUUUCGGUGAAGGCGACUCGACCCCUGUUGAGGGUGCCAUUACCUCAGAUAGCUUUCCACGGGAUAUCCCCAUGCCGCCCACACAGUCUCUUCCGGCCGAGUUCGAGUGUCAGCUUUGCUUCACCUUGAAGAAGCCUAAGAAGCCCUCCGACUGGACGAAGCACGUACACGAAGACGUGCAGCCUUUUACCUGCACCUGGGACCGAUGCCGUGAGCCCAAGAUCUUCAAGCGUAAGGCUGACUGGGUGCGUCACGAGAACGAAGGCCACCGCCACCUUGAGUGGUGGACCUGCGACGUCGACGACUGCCGGCACACCUGCUACCGCCGAGAUAACUUCCUACAGCAUCUCGUACGCGAGCACAAGUUCGUAGAGCCUAAGAAUAAGACCAAGGCCGCUCUCAGGAAAGCUGGCGCUAUUGACCCAACAUGGCAAAAAGUCGAACAAUGCCGUCACGAAACGUCUAAAAAGCCACAGGAAGAGCCUUGCCGGUUCUGCGGGAGGCAGUUCCCGACGUGGAAGAAGUUGACAGUUCACCUGGCCAAACACAUGGAACACAUCAGCUUGCCCAUCCUCCGACUAGUUGCGGCCAAGGAGCUGGAGCCAGACACCAUUAUCAGCCCUGUGCAGGACCCCCCGCCAAGAGCUCCCUUCAGCGCACGUGAACCCUUGGAUGAAGCAUUCAUCAAAAUCGAACAGUCCCGGGUUCCCAACUUUGCGCAACCAUCAGCCUACCAACCUCAGGGCAUGAUGCCGAGCGGCAACGGACCAUAUCACGGCGCGAACCAACUUGGGUACGCCGGCGCUACAGGCAACCCGCAGUUCCAGGAUUACAUGUACUCUUCACAAUUUUCGAACGGCCAGCCCAUGGCCCAGAAUUUGAUGGGCAUGUCGCCCAUCAACCAAGGAGCCCAAGGAUUCAACCAGCAAUAUCACAACGCCAACGGCCUGGCAAUGCCCGCUUCGUCGUACAUGGGAACGCAGCAGCAGUAUAUGCCGGCGGCGCAGGAUACCGAACCCUUUCCCUCUCUGAACCACAACGCUCUGGGGUUGCACCAGCCGGAUGUGACGAGCGUGCCGAUGGGCUACGAUGGGCUCGUUGGCCCAGGCAGCCUCAACGAGAACCGUUACACCUCUCAGGGAUCAAUCUCGCCUUACUCACACUCUCCCCUCCCAGACGGGUUGGGUUUCUACCCUGCUCAGUAA